AUGGCUACUCCACCUGUAGACAACGAGAGCACUCGGUCAAGCUCUCCUGGAGCGUACUCUGUGCCCUCUCAAACCUUCGCUUCUGGGUCCAGACCAGCCCAGCUACAACGGCAUGAUUCUCACUCGUCUCGCGAUCCAUCCAUCGUCUCGUCCUUCCGAUCCGCCGCAUUGUCUUCGUCUUGGGCUGAGCAGAGGCAAGAGCCAUCGUCAUGGGUUCAGCGGAAAUUACAGAUUCACCAAUCUCGUGGAGACGAUGACUAUGAUGAUGUCUCUGGUCUCGAUCCGAGUCUAUAUGACGGGGAAGAGGAUGACUACGGUCCUGACGAGGAAGAGGAGGCUGAGGUGCAUGAGUCUCGCUUCUUUCAACCCGCCUUCCUCAGUGAAGCCGCUUUGCAGCUCAGGGACAGAGUCGAACGGCGUCGGCAGACGAAAGCGGGUAUCAGUUGGCAAGAUAGUUUCACGGGACGCGAUAUCGUGACAACCAUACAAAGCUUUUUGCCUUCUUACACUCGAGAGUCCCCAAACGAUCGUCGAUUCGCUCUUCUCAUGGCUCAAUCUCUUCAGAAUCAGCUGUGGUUUGUAGAAGUCGACUGGGAUAUCAAGCCUCUACGGGACUCACCAGAAGAUGUCUUCCGAUUUAUGGGCGAAAUGGAAGGCAUGGGAGCCGGCGAUGGGAUCAAUUCAGAGCUACCUUCGGGCCUUAUGACCAUGGCUACGAGGUGUUAUUCUCCCAGCUGUCCUCAAGACUCGAGGUGUUACGCCUCUAGGUGUCCUUUCAGGCAGAUGCCAAGCAGCUUCAUUUACAUGCCGGACCCGUCUCCUACGCCCGAAGCUUCGACUAUACAUGGUGAAGAACCUAGCGAUUGGACGGGGCAGGUUGAUGGACGUAUACUCCAAGAGUUGACAGAUGAGCAGUAUCAUCGUCAAGCCAUCAUCCGACAAGCGAUACAGCAGGAGGUCCAAUAUUCGGCCGACUUGACAGCCAUGGAAGAUCUUUACAUCAACGCCCUGAGGAACGCUCAACCUCCCAUCAUUCCACAUUAUCGACUGGAAAAGUUCAUUCACGAGGUGUUCUCCAACGAAGCAGAGAUUCGCGAAGCUUCGGGAAGACUGCUGGAUCACUUUACGAUUCGAGAAAGAGAGAGUGCUCAGCCCGGUCUCAUACCGUUCGUCGGGGACAUCUUCUUACAGGCGGCAGCCGACUUUAGGAGCAUCUACCCUGAAUACACCGGUAAUCUUCCGCAUGCUGAAAAUGUCCUUCGACAAGAGAUGGAAGAUAACGCCGAUUUCAGAUUCUUCUGUGAUCGGAUCGUCAGGGAGAAUGAUGGCCGUCGGCACAUCAAGUACCUCAUCACACGACCGUCCGAUCAGCUUCAACGCACAUACCCUGCUGUCCUCGAGUCCAUACUGGCCAUCACAGAUCCCACUGAACCGGACCAUGACUUUCUCAUCGAAGCUGUCUCAAGUAUCCAGACUCUCUCGGCAAUAUCUCAGCUCAAGCUGUUCCAUGCUAGUCAAGGAAGGGGUCCAGCGGGUAAGAAGCAAUGGCAUGAUCUGGUACCCGAAGACGUCCGCAAGGAUAUCCCUCCGAAGGAACAAAAGAGGCAAAUGCAAAUCUGGGAGCUCAUUCAAGGAGAGAUGGAAUACGUGGCGGAUCUAGAAACAAUGGAUACGCUUUUCGUGGACAAAUUAAGGAUGGCAGAGAAUGGUCCUAUAGUUGAACGAUCAAGGGUCGAAAUUUUCCUGGAUGAUGCGUUCCACAAUUACCGAUCACUGCUGGAAGUGCACCAAAACCUAUUGGAGAAUCUUCAAGCGAGACAGUUGGAACAGCAUCCUCAGGUUGGGGCAAUUGGCGAUCUGCUCUUGGACGCUGCUUUGAACUGGCAAGAUGCGUAUAUGGAGUAUGUGACGCAUUAUCCUAUUGCCAAAGCCAAAGUCCAGGAAGAGGAAAUGAAGAACACGAAGUUUGCCGCGUUCCUCAAGGAAUGCCUCAAAGAUCCGCAAUCUCAUCGUCAAGACAUUUAUCACUUUAUCAAUCGCCCCAUCCCCCGAUUGCUGCGAUACAAUCUCCUACUCGCUGAUAUCCUCAAGUCUCUGAGAGAAUCCGGUUUACCGGAGGAUCAUCCGGACAUUGAAACCAUACCACAGGUUAUUGAUCUGAUCAAAGAUCUAGGUAGAGCGACGCAGAAAGGUGUGGCAGUCAACGAGUCGAAAGUCGAGUUGUGGACAUAUCAGCACUCGCUCGAUGGGUCUAGAUUUGGCGUUCGAGUGGUCCGAGAUCUCGACCUCCUCAACCCUAUGCGAGAAUUGAUCCACCGAGGAAGAGUCUUCCGACAACCUGAAGGACCAAUGAGCAGUUGGGCAGAGCUGACCGUUCUUCUUUUCGACAAUUAUCUUGUGCUCGUCAAGCCUGAAAAGCAUCGAUCGUCUAGACGGGAGGAGAGACAGGAGCGAUAUAUCAUUAAUCGUCGGCCCAUUCCGCUCGAGCUGCUGAGUAUCGGUCAAUUUGGCGAUGCGCCUCGUGCGCGACGUGAUCGUUCGCGACUGAUGGGCGGCGGCGGCUCUUCCCAUGAGCCUGAAUCGGGCGCCGAUCCCGAGUCCAACAAGGUCUGGCCAUUCAGUAUUUCCUUCAUCGGACAAGGUCAAUUGGGAGGACAGUAUACGCUGUGGUCAGACUCGUACGCUUCCAGAGCCGAAUGGCAGGAAAAGCUCCAACAUGCCAAGGUCUUGCGGACAGAAGUGAAUGACGCCAACAAGGUGUUCGAGAUGACACCUUUGACUACUGUCGACGGUCGGACGCUAGUCGCCAUAGGCUGUGAAGAGGGAGUAUGGAUUGGACUUCGGAACGAUCCCCAUUCGUUGAGAAAGGUUUUGCAUGUCAAGUCUGUGACGAACAUUGCCGUCUUGGAGGAGUUUGGCAUUUUCUUGGUCCUCCAAGAUCGGAGUCUCUUGGCAUAUCAUCUCGAGGCGUUGGUACCUACUGCGUCGUCACCCCAGGUCCGAGCGGCUCCUCAGCGACUGAGUCCGGGCAAAGAUAUCUCGUUUUUCAGUGUCGGACGUUUGUCCGGCCGUACCCUCGUUCUAUACAUGAAAAAGAAGGGUAUGGACUCCCUCUUUAGGGUACUCGAACCAAUCUCUGGACGUAACGCGGAAGAUGCUGCACGACAACGUCGACCAUUCGGUAAUUUCCUAGGGCAGAGAACCGAAUGGUUCAGGUUAUACAAGGACUUUUUCAUCCCUACCGACGCGCUCGGCGUGCAUUGGCUCAAGGCGAAAUUGGCCGUAGUGUGUGCGAAAGGUUUCGAAAUCAUGGAUCUCACCGAGCACGGUGAACCUAACCGGGACAUGCAAGCGAUCGAAUGGGAGGGUCGACCUGAUUCCGUGGCAUUCCAUCCGCCUUAUGUCUUGCUCGUAUCAGCGCCAUUCAUGGAAAUCAGGCACAUCGAUACGGGUAAAUUGCUGCAGAUCUACACGGGUACGGAUAUCCAUUUGACCUGGGAUGGGACUGGGGGCAUGCUCCAUCCUCCUCAGGAUAAUCCUGGGCCAAAGGGUUACGGGGACGAGACUGCAUCUCAGGAACCUAGGAUCCAUAUUUGUCAGCGACCGGACGAUCCUCGACGAGCGAAGGGUAUCACGCAUGGUGUUGGCCAGCAUGUCUUUGAACUGACGCCGACACUGGCGCUCAACAACCCGUUGCUGAAUCCCAUUCACACACAUGACUCUAAUUAUUUCCCUCCUGCGCCAAUGAUACGAUCCGACAUGCGAUCAGACAACAUGAGCGAUCGAAGGGUGAGUUACACACAUGGCUAG